AUGGCAAUGUUUGCGCAGCUGUGGGAGUACUGGCACUCUCGACAGUACGAGGAGGCAGCCGGCGAGGUCUGCCGACUGGUCGGAGUGGAAGAGGAGGUGUUUUCAUCACAGCGGCAGCUGCUGACUGCUGCCGGAGCUGUACAUGCUUCCGAGUGCCCGGCUUGGUCCGAGGAGGAUCGAUCCGUAGCACUGCUUGGGCGCAACUGCUGCAACCGAUUGGCUGAGAGACACUUGCGCAACAGCAACUGGCUCGAAGCAGCUCGAUGGUGCGCCCUAGCCUGGCGACUUGAGGGUGGUCAGAGCUGUGCAAGUCUUUGGCUGGAAGAUGGCAGCUGGGCAGCUGCUCGCUACCAGCGCUUAUUCCAUGCAGCAGAAGUCUUUCGCCUCGCAAUGGGCGGAAGAGGCCAGAAGGCCUCAAAGGCGAAGCCAGCCGAGGGAGGCGAUGGAUCGGAGUAUUUGCAGGCUUCCAGACGAUGCCUGGAAACUUGCGAGGCAAUACUCCAGAGGUGGCCGACCUGCACUGCCAACCCGGAAGGUAUUUACACCUGCCUGGCAGAAAUCUGUUGGCAGCUGAAGGACAUCGCUGCCGUGAGAUGGAGCUGCCGACAAGCGUCUUCCGUCCGACAAUAG